GGGUGCUGCCACUGCUGGCCCCUUGGGCCAUUCAGGGCAGAGGGACCCUCUCCCACCUGACCCUUUGGCCACAGCUGCUCACUGAGAGCAGGACAUGUCCCCUGCACCCCGGACUUGUCCCCUGCAGCCCCAGGGGUGACUCCCCUACCCUGCUUUUCCUGCCUUAUCUGCCACCUUCCCCCCUCCGGCCUUGGUGCUCUCCCGGGGGCAGCAGGUGCCGGGUGGGCUGGGAGGCGAUGCCAGGGCCGCGCUCCCCGCGGGGGCCGGGGCUGGGCUGCGGGCGGUGUGGCCGCCGUGUCCCGUCCCCUCCCACCGUGGAGCCAAGUUCAAACCGCGGGCCCCGGCGAGCGGGAACGCGGCGGAGGGGCCGGGCCGGGCUCCCCGGGAGCCGCCGCAGGGUCCGCACCGGCGGACCCCGGCUCCCGUGGGGCUCCAUGAUUCUCCCCCGGGUGCUCUCCUGCACUGUUCUGCUCCUCCUGUUCGUUGCUGUGCUGAGCAGAGGGAAGAGGUGCAGCAUCACCAAAAUCCUCCGGCAGUACCGCGCCGUCAUCUUCCAUGAGAUCCAGAACUUGAAAAACCUGAGCAGGUCAGAGGACAGGAGCGGGAGGGCUGGGCCAGCUUGUCGUUCAAACAAGGACCAGAAGAUCCUACUCUCCAUCUACAACAUCAGCAUGUCCCUGAGGGAGGUGGCCGGCACCCUGCACGGCCCUGAGGAGCUGGCGGUGUGGAAGGUGGCCAGAAACACUGACUUCGUGCUUAGGGAGAACUGCAGGAAAAUCAGCAAGAGCCCACCGCCCAUCCCGGCACAGCCCCGGCGCGGGGGACACGGCCGCAGGAGGAAGCAGCUGCGGGAGAUCAGGAGGAAGGUGGAGAGGUUGGCGACCUGCUGGGAGAAGCUCUAUGCCCUGCACGCCCUCCGCUGUGCCCCCCGGGACUCCUAGGGACACCGCGCCGGAGGAAUGCACUGCUCGGCACCGUGGCUGCCGGUGUCUCGCUUGGAAACCUGGGAAAACCUCAACCCUGAAGGCAGCAGAGUUUCUAUCGGUGGGUGCCUGGUUGAAUUUAUCCUCCUGAUUGAAGCGGUAC